UAGAAACAGUUCGUGUUGUCAUAAGAAUCUUUUCUGCAUAAAUAAAGUAAAUGAAAAUACCUGGUUUUGCUUUGCAAAUUGAACAUCUGUUGUUCACCCCAUUCAGAACACAAACACAUUUAAUGAGUGUUAAUUGGUUUUACCAGAGAACAUGGUAAUACAAAGGACUCAUGUUCUAAGAUAAAACAAUGUAUCUGGAAUGUCUCAACAAUGUUUCCCAAACUUUCUUAUAUAUCAGUUUACAGAAUAACAAGUCUAAUGUACAUAGAUUUGUAAAAAGAAUUGCUGGGAUAACAAUUAAAAAGAUGAUAUCUGAUAGUGAAGAUGAGUUUUUCAAAUCACUGGACAUUGACAACAUUUCUAAUACAGUAAGAACUCGGGUAGAUGAUAUUAAAAUCGAUGAAAAUCUGAAAGGUUUGAUGGUCACCGGUACAAUAGUUAAUAAUGCAAUAUAUCAGACGAACAUUAGCAUGGUCGCUGAAAAUGACGCAGAGUAUGAACAAAAUGUUAUAAACUACUACAUUGCAACUUCUGAUUUAAGAUCCGUUGACAGUGAAGUACAUCCAACAAAUAAAAGCACGGUCGAUGAAAAGGCAACAGCUAUUGAUAACACAGCAGAUAUGGUAGACGACAGUAAGGUAGUUGAAAUAGCGGAGGGACUGAUAGACAGUAUUUUUGUUGAAAACGACACAGAAAACGCUGCAGAUCAGACGGACCAUAGCAUGGUCAAAGAAAUUGAAGCAGAGUAUGGUCAAAGUAUUAUAAAUUAUUAUAUUAAGACUCAAAAUGCAAAAGAUAAGUGUUCUGUCGAUGAAAAUGCAGAAUAUCUGAUGGAUAAUAUCACGAUUAUUGAAAACGAAGCAGACUAUCAGGAAAGAGUUAUAAGUUACUAUAUUGCCACCCAAGAUACUGAUUGUGACAAAAAUGUCAUAAAUGUUGCAUCAAGAAAGCAAUGUAAUGACGAUGACAUGUGCAGAGGCCAAUUACCUAAACCCAAACAAAAAAAUUGGCGCAAAAAGCCUACUCGCCUACUGGGUAUAUUGACAAUGAAAAUACUAAUGGAAGAAAGGACGACGUUGAUAGUGGAAGUGAAAGCGAAAAUAUUCCUCUCAGCCAUUUUGUUGGACUUGGAAAAAGAAAGUCGUAUGAAAAGGAUAGCUCUGAUAGUGACAGUGGGUUAG